UCAGACGAUCUCAGACCGGCGCUGCGGAGGGGGUGCACCGGACUCCCGCUGCCGUUCUCCACUAUUUUACCUCCUGUUUCUUCUAUUUUGGGGUGUUUUACUUUUCAGGACUCAAUUGAACGGACUUGCUGAAUUGACAAGGAUCAGGAAGCUGUGCAGGCCGUGGUUUGAGAGCGCAUCAUGGCUUCCCAGGCUGAUCUGAUGGAGCUGGACAUGGCCAUGGAGCCGGACCGUAAAGCUGCAGUCAGUCACUGGCAGCAGCAGUCAUACCUGGACUCAGGCAUCCACUCAGGAGCCACCACCACAGCGCCCUCUCUGAGUGGGAAGGGAAACCCAGAUGAGGAGGAUGUGGACAACCAGGUCAUGUAUGAAUGGGAGCAGGGCUUCAACCAGAAUUUCUCCCAGGAACAAGUUCAAGACAUUGAUGGUCAGUAUGCCAUGACACGGGCCCAGAGGGUGCGUGCGGCCAUGUUCCCAGAGACUCUGGAGGAGGGCAUGCAGAUCCCCUCCACACAAUAUGACACAGCCAACCCUACCAAUGUGCAGAGGCUGGCAGAGCCCUCACAGAUGUUAAAGCACGCCGUGGUUAACCUGAUCAACUACCAGGAUGAUGCAGAGCUGGCCACCAGGGCCAUCCCAGAGCUCACCAAACUGCUGAAUGAUGAGGACCAGGUGGUUGUAAACAAGGCAGCAGUAAUGGUCCACCAGCUUUCAAAGAAAGAGGCUUCGCGACAUGCCAUCAUGCGCUCCCCUCAGAUGGUCUCUGCCAUUGUCAGGACCAUGCAGAACACAAAUGAUGUGGAGACUGCUCGCUGCACUGCAGGAACCCUCCACAACCUGUCCCACCACAGAGAGGGGCUGCUGGCAAUCUUCAAAUCUGGAGGAAUUCCAGCGCUAGUUAAGAUGCUGGGCUCCCCAGUGGAUUCUGUCCUGUUCUAUGCCAUUACUACCCUUCACAACCUCCUCCUGCACCAAGAGGGAGCCAAGAUGGCUGUUCGACUAGCCGGAGGGCUCCAGAAAAUGGUGGCCCUGCUCAACAAAACAAAUGUCAAGUUCUUGGCCAUUACCACAGACUGUCUGCAGAUUCUGGCGUAUGGAAACCAGGAAAGCAAGUUGAUAAUCCUGGCCAGUGGCGGCCCCCAGGCACUGGUGAACAUCAUGAGGACUUACACCUAUGAGAAGCUGCUCUGGACCACUAGCAGAGUGCUCAAAGUGCUGUCGGUGUGCUCCAGUAACAAACCGGCCAUUGUAGAAGCUGGAGGCAUGCAGGCUCUGGGUCUGCACCUGACAGACCCCAGCCAGAGACUGGUCCAGAACUGUCUCUGGACUCUUAGGAACUUGUCCGACGCUGCCACAAAACAAGAGGGAAUGGAAGGUCUCCUCGGGACUCUAGUCCAGCUACUCGGAAGUGACGACAUCAACGUAGUCACCUGUGCUGCUGGUAUUUUGUCCAAUCUGACCUGCAACAACUACAAAAACAAGAUGAUGGUCUGCCAGGUGGGAGGAAUUGAAGCGUUGGUUCGCACAGUGCUUCGGGCUGGUGACAGGGAGGACAUCACAGAGCCAGCCAUUUGUGCACUGCGUCACCUGACGUCACGACACCAGGAGGCAGAGAUGGCCCAGAACGCUGUGAGACUGCACUAUGGUCUGCCUGUAGUGGUUAAACUACUGCACCCUCCAUCACACUGGCCUCUCAUUAAGGCUACAGUUGGAUUGAUUCGUAAUCUGGCCCUGUGUCCUGCUAAUCAUGCCCCUCUGAGGGAACAGGGCGCUAUCCCAAGACUGGUGCAGCUGCUGGUGCGAGCUCACCAGGACACGCAGAGGCGCACCAGCAUGGGGGGCACACAGCAGCAGUUUGUGGAGGGGGUUCGUAUGGAGGAGAUUGUGGAAGGCUGCACAGGGGCUCUUCACAUCCUGGCCAGAGACGUUCACAACAGAAUAGUUAUCAGAGGCCUCAACACCAUCCCUCUCUUUGUCCAGCUCUUGUACUCUCCCAUUGAGAACAUCCAGCGUGUGGCUGCUGGGGUGCUGUGCGAGCUGGCACAGGACAAAGAGGCGGCUGAGGCCAUUGAAGCCGAGGGAGCCACUGCCCCACUGACAGAGCUGCUGCACAGCCGCAAUGAGGGAGUCGCCACAUAUGCAGCUGCUGUCUUGUUCCGUAUGUCUGAAGACAAACCCCAGGACUACAAGAAACGUCUUUCAGUAGAACUCACAAGUUCUCUUUUCAGGACGGAGCCAAUGGCCUGGAACGAGACCGGAGACCUGGGCUUGGACAUUGGUGCUCAGGGAGAGCCUCUGGGCUACAGACCUGAAGACCCAAGCUACCGUGCUUUCCAUGCGGGGGGUUACGGCGGGGACACUAUGGGCUUGGAGCCUAUGAUGGACCAUGACUUGGGACACCACCCUGGCCAGGACUACCCUCCCGUUGAGGGCCUUCCUGACCUGGGACAUGCCCAAGAACUGAUUGAAGGCCUCCCUCCCGGUGAUUCCAACCAACUGGCCUGGUUCGAUACAGACCUGUAAAUACCAAGAGCAACAUUACACUACACUUUCUACUAGCUGUAUCAUGUGAUCUGGAUGAACCUGCAUCGUGAUUUGCCCAUGAGGAGGAGGCGGGGUUUCAGAAAGUGCCUGAAGACGACUCAUAACGGCUGUUUCCUGUCUAUGGAAACUCCAUUGGGACAAAAGUAUUAAAAGUGCGGUUCUGCUCUCAGCCUGAGUAUGGGCUGACUCUGAUUCUGAGGAGACGACAAGUUCAACAUUUGUUUUGAUUUUACAUUAUCCUUUUAUGUACUUCAGUUUGUUUGUUUUUUUACCAUUGGUUUUACUCUUUAUCCAAUUUUCUGUAAGGUACAUGUUUUUAGCUUGCUUUUCCUUUUGAUCUGUUUCUGCUUGUCAUUUUGUUUUUGCAGUCCAUGUCUGUCAUUUUUAUGCUCCAUCCAAGUAAAUCUGAACGCAUUUUGAAUGGUGUCCAACACAAGUUAAUCAUUUGAAUUGUAUUCUGAUGAAGUGUAACAUUGUGUAGCUUUUGUAUAAAAAAACAUGAAUUGGAAAUCAUGGUCCAAAUAUGAAGCUAUUUUCUUGCUUUAAGGUGGACACUAAUGUGUCUCUGCUGUUCCAAAGGGGUGUGGCCGACAGUGCUGUUACUGUGGGAGGGUUUGGGAGGAGCUGGUUGCUGUAGCCUGCUGUGUUAAACAAUAAAAUGGACUGUCAUUUCA